GUCGCCUUUGGUAUUUUAGUGCCCAUCCUUGUAUUGUUGUCCGGUGUAUUCGCCGGUUUAACGCUAGGUUACAUGUCUUUGGAUGAAACACAAUUGAGCGUUCUCAUGACAACGGGUGACGAAAUUCAACGUGAACGCGCAAGCAAGAUCAUGCCCAUUCGUAAAGAUGGUCAUUUGUUAUUGACAACUCUGUUGAUUGCAAACAUGAUCACGAAUGAAACAUUGCCAGUCAUCUUUGACCCUUUACUGCCUGGUGGCGUGUACAGCGUCAUCAUCAGUACCGCUCUCAUCGUUAUCUUCUCCGAAUUGAUUCCUCAAUCAACUUGUUCCCGUUAUGGAUUGCAAAUUGGAGCUGUAAUGGCCUUUCCCACACGCAUCAUCAUUCUCAUCUUCUACCCUAUUGCGUGGCCUGUCUCACGCAUCUUGCAUUGGGUUUUAGGUCCGCAUCAUGGUAUCGUGUAUCGACGAGCGGAACUGAAAGAAUUGGUCACGAUGCAUGCUGCUAGUGGAGGUCGAGGAGGAGACUUGAACCGCGAUACAGUUAUGAUUGUAGGCGGUGCAUUGGACUUGCAAGAAAAAGUGGUGAAACAGGCAAUGACACCGAUCGACAAGGUUUUUAUGUUACCCUUUACGGCCAAACUUGAUUAUCCUACACUUGAGAAAGUUGUCCGAAGUGGUCAUUCACGUAUUCCGAUCUACCAAGAAGUUGAGGUCCCUGUCAAUCAACCCAAGAGUGGAAACAGCACAGGCGCAGAUAGCGAUAAUACUGUAAAGACUAUUAUUCGCAAGAAAGUGAUCGGUACAUUGCUGGUCAAAUCAUGCGUUUUACUUGAUCCUGAAGAUGCUGUUCCCGUAAGCUCGAUGAUCAUCAAUGCGUUGCCUACCGUUCCGGGCGAUGAACCUCUCUUGAACGUCCUCAAUGUGUUCCAAGAAGGCCGUAGUCACAUGGCCAUCGUUAGC